CAGAGUACCCUGCUCCUGCUCCCACCACCCAGAAACCCCGUCUCUGCCAGUGGCACCCCUCCUCCACAUUCCCAGGUCCAGGGGCAUUGCUCUGUUCCUGUCAAACAGCCUGUGGAAAGCCAAGGCUGACUUUUGCCAAGCGCUCGGGCCCUGGGGGGUCUGUGGGGUGCAGCAUCGAGGAAGGGGGGGGGUGUCCCAGCACUUCACAGCUCUGCCCCUCUGUCUCCCGCAGGCAGCGCAUCGCCGGCAACAUGGACCCGGCGUGCGGGGCCAUCGUGCACGUAGACUUCCCUGAGAUCACCAGCGCCCUGCUGGAGAACCUGAACCAGCAGCGGGUGGAGGGCAAGCUCUGUGACAUCUCCAUCCACGUGCAGGGCCGGGUCUUCCGGGCCCACCGGGCCGUGCUGGCCGCCUCCUCGCCCUACUUCCACGACCAGGUGCUGCUCAAGAACAUGACGUCCAUCGUGCUGCCCAAUGUCAUGGACCCGGGUGCCUUCGAGACCGUGCUGGGCUCUGCCUACACCGGCAAGCUCAGCAUGGCCUCGGACGAGAUCGUCAACUUCCUCACCGUGGGCAGCGUGCUGCAGAUGUGGCACAUCGUGGACAAGUGCACGGAGCUGCUCAAGGAGGGGCGGGGCGCCGCCGGCCCCUCGCCCUCCUCCUCCUUCCGCGCCCACUCCAGUCGCACAAGCGAGAACCAGUCCCCCAGCAGCAGCAACUACUUCAGCCCCCGGGAGACGGGCGAGGGGCCAGAGCAUGGGGCAGCAAAGUACCCUCUGCGGGGGGCGGCGGGCGGCGUGGAACGGGACGGAUCGGAGGGACCAGACGAGGAGGUGAUCUUCCAGGCCGAGAAGGGCCCUGCCCGCGGCCCUGAGCCCUUCUCUGGGGGCAGCCGGUUCCUCCUGGAGACAGACGAUGACGUGAGCGACAGCGGCGGGGGGGGGGGGGGGGCAUGGGUGUACAUCAAGAAGGAGCGGCCGCAGGAGGACCUGGUACUGACCUGCGAGGAGGACGAGGACACGGUGGAGGUGGGGCCCGCCCCUGGUGAGCCCCCCCUGAGCAUCAGUGACGUGCGCACGCUGACCCAGCCUUCCGGGGCCAAGCUGGAGGAGCAGGUCAACUUCUGUGAGUCCUCGGAGGACUUCCCCUCGGCCUACGAGGGCCUGGAGGAGGGGCCGGGGGCCGGCAGCAGCUUCGCCCAGCGCUCCCUCAUGCCCAUGGACAUGCAGGGCAACCAGAUCCUGGUCUUCCCCCCGCAGGCGCCUGUGGAGCAUGGGGCCGUGCAGCUGGCAGCUGGCUCGGGUGACGGCAACAAGAUCUUCAUGUGCCACUGCGGCAAGGCCUUCUCCCACAAGAGCAUGCGGGACCGGCACGUCAACAUGCACCUCAACCUGCGCCCCUUCGACUGCCCCGUCUGCAACAAGAAGUUCAAGAUGAAGCACCACCUGACGGAGCACAUGAAGACCCACACUGGUCUCAAGCCCUACGAGUGCGAUGUCUGCGCCAAGAAGUUCAUGUGGCGCGACAGCUUCAUGCGCAAGGAGCAGCAGGCCGACCUGUGGGUCGGUGAGUCUGUGUCCCUGUCUAUCCAGCCGUCUGUGAUUUACUUGCGUUUUCUCGUCUGUGUAAUGGAAUCUGCCACCCACUCCUCUGUCCCUUCUUGA